AUGGAUAAACGGGAGAAUAGACAAGCAGAAUUCGACCUGGGUCAUGCAAUACUGAAUAAACUAGAGAACGUCUGCUUACUGGAAGGUGCUGAAAAUUAUCAGAAGGAAAAGUAUGUGAAAAUGCAUGAUUUGAUCAGAGACAUGGCAAUAAGGAUCACAAAUGAUAGUCCUAAAUACAUGGUAAAAUCUGGACUUCAACUGAAGGGGACGCCAGAGGAGCAGGAUUGGAAGGUAGACCUGGAUAAGGUUUCCUUGAUGUGUAACGAGCUAUCUGAAAUUUCACCAGGCACGUCGCCAAAUUGUCCUAACCUUUCGACUUUGAUUUUGAGAGAGAAUCCUUUGAGGCUGAUUCUGGAUUUGUUUUUUACACACAUGCAUGGCUUGCAGAAUCUCGACUUAAGUUAUAUCAAGAUUGAGAAGUUGCCCAGUUCCAUAUCAGACUUGGAGAAUUUAUGUUCACUAUUGCUCAGAGGUUGUGCCAAGCUCAAAUUUGUGCCACCCCUGGGAAAGCUCAAAGCACUGAAGGAGCUGGACCUAACAGAAACUAGAAUUAUGGAAAUACCUCAAGGCAUGGAAAAUUUAGCCAACCUCAAACGCCUCGAUUUAUUAGCUAUGCGCCUGAGGGCGAUACCAACAGGGAUAUUGCCCAGACUCUUGAAUCUUCAGCGUCUCAUGCUUCCAUAUCGUAUGGAAGUACCAGUGGAAGAACUCGAGGGGUUGAAACAGCUGGAAGAAUUUCAAGGCGAGUUGCACGAUGUAUGUGAUUUCAACCAAUUUAUUAAGUCUCAACAGAGUCACGGGCGACUAAGAUUCUAUAAUAUUCGCAUAGGUAAGGCAGAAUCUCAUGAAGAUUUCUGUGAAGAUCUGGAAAAAUUAAGUGACAGAAGGGCGAUUUUAAGAGGUUGCACUCUCAAUGAAGUAGGAAGAAGAGGAGAGGCUGUGCUAUUUGCCCGGGACAUUCAGCAUCAGGAAAUUGAUUAG